AUGCGCACUUUUCGAAGAUCCACUCGAAAGUACGUACUUUUCAUCGUUUUCUUUUGGUUUUUCCCCAAGGCUCCGUGGUCCCUGCUCGGAUCAUGGUCCCAAAAACCUAAAAAACCAUCGCCUCGGCUGAAAAUCAGAUUUUUUGCAGUGCUGCGCCGAGAAUGAAACGUCCCCGACCGAGAGCGUCGGAGAAACAGAGGACUCUGGAAAGGUGAGCCGUUUUUCGAGAGAUUUAUAAUAUUUAUAACACAUUUUGGCCAAAAUCUACCAGUUUCGUCGAGUGAAUUUACAAGAAAACGUUUCGAACAUUUUCAAUCGGCACAUCCUGAAACUGACACGUUAAAUUCUUCUUUUUCGUUGAGAAAAUAACACCUGAAAGCCGUCGAAUACGUCUAUUUAUUUGUGCUCUCGGCUUGCUAUUUUCGUAUCACCUGCGUGUCUAGUGACGUCACAGAUGGACUUGGGCUUUGGGACCACUUGCAAUGAUCCGAUCGGGACCAAAUUUUGCAGGCGUCUUGGGCGCCGAUUGAAGUAUGUUGGAUCCAAGUUUCAGAGCGAGAUAUGUGGAUCCAAAUCAUUUGGCUACUUUUCAAUAAUAUCGCCGAAAUCGGCAAAAAAAGGAUUAUAGCGGAUGGCCGAGAUUGGAGGGGGAAAAGAGGGUUUAUGAGCUAGACGGGACUACGUGUCAACUGACCACUGAUCAGGGGGAACAAAUGUUUCGCAACCAGUUCGCAACCAGUUUUUACUGCUUCAUCUAGCCUUUUUUUAGUGUCAAAAAAAUGCCGUGUCAUUCAAGUACGGUAGCCGAUCUCCAAUUCGGAACGCUUCCACAACACAUUUAGGCGCACGCGUUUUCAGAAAUGGACAAUAGUUCAACGUUCGAAAAUUGUUAAAACUAGUCGUCGUUAUCAUCUAAUGAAUCUCCUAAAACGGCGAUAAGUUGAUGAGCACUCGAUGAAACUGUAACAACUCUUGUGACGUUUCGCAACCGCCCCCCCCCCCCGUUUCGCAACUAAAGAUGACGUGGCAAACAAACUCUAUUUUCGCGUUUAGACGCGCAAAAGUGUCAAGUUUAAUUAAAAAAGAGUGCUUAACGGGGAGACGAGGCGAAAUUAUAUUGUAUGGCAACGAUAAAUGGAGGGAUUAUAUUAUGACCCGAUAAUAUAUCCCGUCACUUUUUCGCGUGAUGCUCUACGUCGAGCCGACCGGCGUCAAAUCCGACGGUUUUCGCGUCGAAAAUGACGCGGUUUUCAAAUGGUAUAUCCAAAAACUUAUCGAUAAAUUUAUCGAUAAAACCAACCGUUUUUUUCAGGCACUUUGGCUCCCGUCAACCGUCGAAAAACAAGUUUCUCAACGCGAUCUACUGGGCGAUUCGUCGUUGCCAAUUUUGGCUGUGUUUCUACGAUGACGGUACGCGAAUAGUGUUUAUCCAUAAUUUUAUUUAUAAAAUAUAUUUGUUAUAGAAGUCGAAAUCGACGUGGAGGAUCUAUUGUCGAAUCCGUUCAACACUCAACCGCCGGGACUGGAUCAGUUGGUCCAGUUGACCGGUUUUAAUCGCAAAUGGAUCAUGUUCAUGUAUCGGAAUUUCAAACAGGUACGGUUACACUUUGCAACUGACACUGGACAUUUCGCAACCGACUCGAAAACCCCCAAGUUUUAAGCCGGUUUUCGGUGGUUGAAGUUGCCAAGUGUCUUUGACACUGGACAUUUUGCAACUGGGAAAAGUUUCGGUUGCGAAAUGUCCUUAACGCUGGACACUUUGCAACUGUGAUUUUCUGGAAUAAAUAAUUGAAACUCGUUUUUCAACUGUGAAAGACGUUUCGCAACCAACCCGAAAGUGUGCGGAAACUGCGAAUAUUCAAAAAUUCAUAACUUUUUUCAAAAAAAUGCUACAGACGCCCGCGUGCGCUUAAAAUGACGGAAAUCAUCUCUAGAAUACUGAUAAAUUGUCGAAAUUAUUUUCAGAAAUGCUCAAACGGUCGAAUGACGGAAUCGCAGUGGCGCAUCGUCUUCCGAAGUCUGUUCCCGCAAGCCAACGACUCCACAUUCGUCGAUCGUCUCUAUUCGGCGAUUGUGAAGAACAAACAGCACCAACACAUCACUUUUGAGGUAUUUGGGUCUUGGCACGAAAAGAAAAUUUCGAAAAUUCUAAAAAUUUGGGUUCAGGACCUGAUUCUGUGCCUUUGGGAGUUGUCCGACGGCGGAAAGAGCUCCGAAAUGAGCAAUUCGCACAUAAACUCAUCGGCCCGAGCUCAAUUUGCGUUUCAUUUGAUGGAUUUGGAGGGAACGGUACGCUUUUCGCAGCAAAUGUCUGAAAAUAGCAGCCGAGGCGACGUGAACGUGAAAUAGUAGGGUGCCAAAAGUAGCGUUUAGCAAAAUCGAUAUAUCUCACUUGUGUGUAGAGCUAUCAAAACGUUGUCAAUUGAUGAAAUGUACAAAAUUUCUUCAUCUACAAUUUACUAGUUGACAACUUUUUGAUAUCUCAACCCACAGCUGAGAUAUGAACGGAAUUAUAAGUCGUACCCGUGAACCCAACAAAUAUUAUGAAUCAACAUGUUUCAGGGCCGUGUGGACGAGUCCGGCUUCUACAAAUACACCCGUUGCGUGUUCGCCCUCACUGCUUCCCAUCAAAUGAUCGACGCGGCGGCCAUCGGACUCCCGGCCGGAAGUAUUUACAGAUCCAAAUCGGCCGAUGACGACCUCAAACCACUUUCCCCGCUGAUCGCCCGCUUUUCGUCCAAGAGAUUCAAGGUUUACAACCGGGCGACACUUUGCAACUGGUUGCGAAACGUCUGUCACGUUUUGACAACGCUAAUUCACAGUUUUAGGCACCAUAUUAACAUAGGAUCAUAAAAAUAGCGUUUUUCCUACAUUUUUCGAAAAUAAUUCCAUUUUCAGGAACUCGACGAAGACCGCGACGGAUUCAUAACCGUCAGGGACAUUGAGAGGGAGCUCGAAGUGCAACACGACUCGAUUCGUCUCAAAUCGCUCAAAGACUUUUCGUAUGCACUCGAGGAGGACUACGAAAAUGCGGAUGAGGACCCGCUUUUGGCGCCGAGCUCUUCUUGCUCUUCGAAAAAAGAUAAUUGA